AUGGAUAAUAAUAAUAACGCUGAUUUAAUUUCACUUAAUGACUAUGCAGCGAACGACAUAGCAAUAGUUAGUCAUACUAGGUUCGUACAACAAUCGGAUAUUGAAUUGUUAGCGAAUGUAUUUAUGCGAAACAAAUAUGAAGAUAUCACAAUCAUAUGGUUUGAUGAUAAUAUUGACGAAGUAAUAGAACAAAAACUUCAACAAAUGCACGAUAAUAUUAUUUUAUGUUUCAAUUUUGAACAAUUAUCCGAAUAUGUAAAUGAUAUUCAAAACCAAAAAAUUGUUCUUAUUGUUAGUGGCCGGUAUUUUCGUGAUACAUUAUCACUAUAUAAUCCAAAUGAGAAAAUUGAGUCGAUUUAUAUUUUUUGUUUAAAUUUUCAAUCAUAUGGUGGUUUAAUUGGUGAUAAAAAAUAUUCAAAAUUAAUUGGCGUGUAUACACAAUAUGAUCAAUUAUUUAAAACAUUGGACAAGGAAAUAUAUUCAUUAUCAAAAUAUUUAUCAAUAUUUGAUUUAUUUGAUCGAAAUAAUAAAUCAGUACGUGAUUUAGAAUAUGAAACAGCGGAUUAUUCGUUUUAUCAAAUAUUACGUGAUACAUUAAUGAAAAUGCAAACGAAAGCAGAUGAAUCGAAACAAGAUAUGCUUAACUACUGCCGAUAUUAUUACCAGUCUAAUAUGUCUUAUUUAAAACAAACUGAUCAGUUUGAGAAAGAAUAUCAGCCGUGUGAAGCUAUUCGAUGGUUUACAAAAGAUUGGUUUCUGUUUCGAUUUGUUAAUAAAGCAUUAAGAACAGAAAAUAUUGAUGCAUUAUUCAAGCUUCGAUAUUUUAUUAUUGAUCUUUGCACACAGUUAAAAUUAUUAUUUGAUGAAAAUUACGAUCUAUAUCAAGAAACAUUCGAAACAAUCACAGUUUAUCGUGGUUUAAAUCUACCCGAUAGUGAUAUUGAACAAUUAAAAAAUUUAAUUGGAAAAUAUGUGUCAACAAAUCGAUUUCUAUCUACGUCUCUAUCACGUGAUCUUGCACAAAUAUUUGCUGCAAAUGUUUUAUUUGUAAUCAAAUUGAUACAAAGUUACAAAAUAUUAUUUAUGCUGAGAUAUCCCAGUUAA